AUUCUGUACUUGCCCAGGUGUAACAGUGCACAGAUUGGAUAACAGCUGGCCUCUGCUAACAGCUGGACCCAACAUCUGUCUGUGAUGCUCAGACUUAUUUUGUUCUUGCAGGCAGGACAUCAUCUCGUGGCAGCUCCCCAUGGCUCUUUCCACUUGCUCCGGACGAGAUGAGGGUUAUAAGCUGGUCGUCCGGGACCGUUUUGAGGCAGGGAUGAGGGAGCUGGUGUGUUUCACCCAACACCUACUCGAAGCUGAGGCAGAUCCGAAUGCACACGAGAAAAUCCGGGAACGAAUCGAGGCAGCUUCCCGAGAGAUGUCAGCAGCAGAAGAGGAUCUGGGAAGGCAGCUGGAGAUGGUAGAUGCCACAACCCAGGAGCUAGUAGUGAAGAAGAAAAGCCUGCAAGACGAGCAAGAGGAAAAGAAAGAGAACCUCAAGCGCUUAAGGAUCCAGCUGGACUCCUGCCGCGGGUCGGAAAGAGAGGCCAGAGAGAUGCUGGAAAGGGCCAACAGGCAACUUGGAGAAAUGCAGGCCGAGCUGCAGAGACAACGAGAGGAAGCAGAGCGCAACCGACUGCAACGAGAUAUCGGCAUCGGGCUGAUGUUUAUUCCUUUCCUGGGGACAAUUGCUGGCUCCGUCUUGGUCGGCUGUGGGCAGGUAGCUUUAGAUGCUGCUGAAAAAGCCGCACAUGAGGCCCAAGAUGCUGUUAAUCGACACACAAACGAAGCGUCCAGGUACUCAGCAGAAGUCUGCAGGUAUGAAGAGCAGGAGCGGCAGGUGGAGGCCGAGAUCGCGGCCAACGAGCCACGACUGGCUCAGAUCGAUGCAGAGCAACGGGCAUUGGCCGUGUUACAGGAGGAGAUUGUCACCCUGCAGGACGGGCUGAGGAAAUGUGUUACCUUCAUGAACGGGCUAGCAGGGAAGGUCUGCGUGGCUAAGAGGCUCACCGAGGACCUGCUGAUCUACGAGGAGCUGGCCAACAUCCUCGGAGAGGUCGUUCAGCACAUGCUACCCACAAUGAGCCCGGGAGGUGAGGCUGGCACGAGAUUCCUGGCCGCGGGAGAACUCCAGGGCCUCAUUGAGAAGUUAAAGUCGGGCGGUUGCAGCCUCAGAGCCCUGGCAGACGCCGAGGCAGCAGCAAUUGACUAUUAGGG